AUGAUCAAGACCCUGUCCAGCCCCAUUAAGCUUGCCUUCGAAUCUGGCGACAAAGCUACUUGCGCUGUCUACACCGUCACCGACAAGAAGCCUCUGGGCCAGCAAACCUACAAGCUCACCCCGACCAACGUCCCCGAUGGCGUUGACACCCCCGUCAACGCCCAAAACCCCCCGUUGGCGUCCUCAACAUCAGCGGCACGUGGCGCGUUGCCGACGGAAAGCUCAGCGAGGAAAUCGAGAUAG